AUGAGUGGGAAGAAGUUCAAAUCCCAAGCUUCAAGCAGCAGAGCAGCUGCCGGGGGCUUCGGGGGAGGCUCAUUUAGUUCAUUUGGCGGCUUCUCAACCGCCGGACCUGCCCAGGAAACCCCGGCAUCAUCCCUAUCCUAUGUCUACGAGCCGCCAGACUUAUCCCAAAUAUCCGACCCCCAGGUUGUGGUCACGUUUAAGAAUCUUUUAAAAAAAGAUAGUACCACAAAGUCCAGAGCACUUGAAGAUUUGCAGAGUCAUAUAUCCAAUGUGGUGUCAAGCAAUUCCUCACUCGAUGAUGGAUUGCUAGAAGCAUGGUCUAAGGUUUACCCACGCACCUCGAUAGAUUCCUCUCGUCGAGUCCGGCAGCUUGCUCACAGUCUGCAAGGAGAUAUAGUUUCCAUCGCUGGAAAACGCAUUGCACGGUAUAUCAGUGGUACUAUAGGUACAUGGCUGGCAGGCUUGUACGAAAAUGAUAAGCUCGUUAAGAAGUCUGCACAGGACUCACUCGCCAAAUCAUUCCCUACAGAAGAGAAGCAACAGGGGAUAUGGACCGUGUACCAGACUUCCAUACUCGAAUUCGUAGCGGACGCUACACUCCAACAAACGCCACAAACUCUGAGUGAUGAAAGAACUGUACGGCCGGACGACGCAAAUGCAAAACAUGCGCGGGUGGUUGCAACAGCGUUACUGGAGUUUACCACUGCCCCGACAGAAAAGCUCUCCAAAGAUGCAGAUUCGGUAGAGAAUAUCCUUCAGAGUCGAGAUUUAUGGAAGUUUUCCUACCACGAGGAUGCAUUUGUCCGACGAUCGUUGUAUGAACUUCUGCAAACUUGUCUCUCCAAGAAUAUCGAUUGCGUCAAUUGGAAAACAAUAAGUACCUGUGUGCUAUCAAAAUCACUGGGUAUAUCACAGACUGGCUCAUCCUCCACGUUUUCGGGACUCCUAUUGGCACUUACCAAAAAAUCUCCUCAACUCUGGACCACAUAUUACUCCGCCAAAUCCCCGGCUAAAAAGCAAUUGAUGCGAUAUAUCAAAGCUGGAUCAGAAGGGGCGGGCCCAUCGUAUUGGUCAGAGUUACAACUUAUCUUGCAGUCACUCCCAAUGGAGGUGCUGGAAAUAGAUAAAGGAGAUGAAGCUGCCAUACACUCCAUAAUAUCUAUUGCUGAGGCAAUCCACUGCUCACUCAAAAAGAGGGAGGAAGCAAGGACAAACUCAUUAGCUGCCUGGACUACUUAUAUUAAAAUGAGCAUUUGGAUGAGCAAUAAGAUUCCUGGAGGUGAAAAGCACCUCAAAUUCUUGGAAGAGCAUCUAUUUCCAAUCCUUGUGCAAUUCAUCGCUGCAGAUCAAGCACAAGCCAUAUGGACAAUAGAUGAUCCCAACGCCUCCAAGAUUUGUGUUGAAUUAUUCAUUGCUCUAAGCCAAAUUCUAGAACACGACACCACCGGCGGCUUAUGUAUAAAAUUGGCAACAAUACUGAAAGAUAACAUUUUAAUUUCGGAGCCAGAACAGUCCCAAACAUACCGAGCUUCCCAGGAUUCGGUUUGCUCCAAAGGAAGUCGGUUUUUCACGCUUUGCGGUGGAGUUGUUACAAAAGCUUCUGAAAGCAGUCAGCAUGCCUUUGUUGUGGAAUCUAUAAAAAGUAGCUCGUUCUCAUUGAUAGAGACAUCUCUUCAAACGCUUCAAUCUCGAAAUGGGAAACCAUACGGCGCUGCAGCAGUGGUCGGUGAGGCUCUUGCCAAGAUACCAUCACUAAUGGGCGAGAUGGAAGCCUUAGAUCCUUUUCUUACCAAUACCCUCCCUCAGCUUAUUUUGUCGCCUUCAGCAGAGCACUUGGUGUCCAUUCUAUUUGCCUGUCGGAGCAGGAAAGGAUUUAAUAACGCGCUCAGAAAAGCAAUCAGUGCAUACCACAAUACUCUGAUUUCCUCUUCUCAACUGCCAUCAAUGGGCAAUUUAUUUUCCUCAGUGACAGCUCUUGAUGAAGAAAAUAAUCCAGACCUUAAGCUGUUGGUUUUAGGCGUGCUUCAGCAAGGUGUUCGUGGGGACCAUCAGUCUUGGCUGGAUAUUGCAGCAGUUCAUCAGAAUAAGAAACUAGGGCCGGAGAUUUCUAAUACCAUCCUUGAUUCUUUAAUUGAAAGGCUGUCCAGUGAAGACUCAAUGGUGGAGGUUCUUCGUGGACUAUUGCUACUUUCUACAGAAAGUGCCGCACCAAUCCAAUCAUAUGUCACAAGCUCAAAUGGCUCGAAAUUAAUUUCCAAACUCCUAUAUCUUACCGAAUCUUCCAACGAUGAGGUAGCAUUACUCGCAGCAUCCUUAAAAGACCAAGUUACAAACAUUGGAGGUGAUAAUAGUUCUCUCAAACCAACCCUUGAAGUUUUGGAAAGGAAUUUCAAAACGGUGGACGAUGAAUCAUUAUCUGUCGAGUCAUUAAUAGCCAUUGUCCAAGAAGUCCUCGAUAAAUCGUCUGUACAUGAUAGCCCUAAGCUACUACUCUCACUGUUACCUAGGGAGAGUUCAUGGAAGGCCGCCCUAGAUCCUUACAUUGAAGCCCCCCCCAAGCGAUCAUGUUCAAUAAUGAGUCCGCUAGGGGGCGCUGUGCAUAUCAUUGAUGCGUCACGUAACCUGGACAUUUUACAUGCCGUCCCAAGAGACCGGGAUGGUUUCCCAUUAGCAUUCCGGCUUGCAUACUAUGUCACCAAGCUUCUAACAGCUGUUGGUAUUGACGCCGUGCCUCUCCCACCGCUCGAGAAUGUUUUCACAUAUUUCCCAUUAAUUAUCCAGCUAGUUGAUGAAGAAUUGAGUAUUGACGAGUCCACGGCAAUCCUAUAUCCCCUUACUUCUGACACCCGAGCAAUUGCACUUGAAAUUGUUUCUGAAGCUCGCAUCCUGAUAAAUGGUUGGAUUCAGAAGUCAUGCACAGCAGAUGCAGCCUAUAAGGCUGGCGCCAGAUCAUUUGUAUCCUUCUGGGAGAGAAGUGUAUACAACUUCGAAGGCACUGGUUCUAGAGCAUAUCGGUUUGCAGAGUGCUUCGCACGUAUCGUGACCGAAAGGGACGCAAUAAAGCCGACACCGUCGGCUGAUGGCAAAUUAAAAGCAGCAAUGGAAACCCCAGGGCUUUCUAAUCCCUUUGUUUUAAUUGCAACUAUUGUUGGAUAUAGGGAUUCUAUUAUAGAGACGCAAACCGUUUCAAAGCUCUGUAACCAGUUAGUUGCAGAUAUGACGGGCUUAAAGGAUACCAACAAUAUUGGAGGUGAGCUUUUAAUAUACUUGGGUCUCAUUUUUACUCCUCUGGCUGACACCACGGUCACAGAUUUACGAAAACUAGUAGUCCUUAAUUCUCUGAUGUAUGGAGGAAACAAUCCAGCAAAGAAUAUCCCCACGCAGAGACUGGUGUUCUUAGUGAAGCAUCUCAUUACGUGUUUGCAGUCUGGGGAACUCGGGGUUGGAAUACUCUCAGAAAUACUUAAAGUUUUGUCCGCAGUUUUGCCCUUGAUGAAGGAAAUAUAUGGAUCACAUUGGCCAGACUUGUUUGAUGUGCUGAAGUCAUUGUGGCAAAAUGGAGGGCUAUCUAGCGAAUAUCUCCCUGUUCUACAUUCCUCAUUGCGUUUGUUCAGUUGCUUGAGGAAGUUGGCGACUGAGGACAGCAAUGAGGAUCUGGAGGAUGCAUGGAAAGAAGCUCGAAAGUCGCACACAGAAACUAUGGUCAACAUGUUAAAGCAGUUCGGUCCUUCGUUUCACUCUGACCAACCCUGGGAUAUCACAACCGACCUCCUAUCGCGAGAACUGUCUGCCAUCAAUGCUGAUGCAAUCUCUGAUAUUAGUGAAUUAUUUUCCAGCCUUUCCAUCGAAAACAAAGGUGUACAGCGUGCAACAUAUGGAAUAAUUCAUCGAGCAAUACCCAAAAUCCAGGAGACCUUAUCUUUCGAUGUGGCGCUUUCCAAAACUGCAGUCCAUCUACCAGAUCAGCUCUUGGCUCUUCUCUCGGAAGUGCCACCCAUAGCACCAUUUAAAGAGGCAGAUAUAGACGAGAAUUUCUGGCUGGGAGCUCGCUCUUAUAUUCUUGGCUGGAAAGUGGUGUUUGAUCAUUUCGCGUCUUCGCCUGUUCUAACUUAUGUUCAGUCAAUACCUGUCCAAGAGGGCUACAGCUCUGAUAUAAAGCAGAAAGACUGCCUGAGUUCCUUGUUAGAUUUUGCGUUCGACUGCCUGGAGACGCCCCAGGGUCAGCUGAUUGAUGCUUCGAAGUUUGAGAUUCGCUCGUUUGAACUAUAUACUGCCGAGUCAUCGAAAAGGGAGAUGCAGUGGCUUCUAGUCCAUAUCUACUACCUAGCUUUGAGAUACCUACCAAACAUGACUCGGGCUUGGUGGGUUGACUGCAAAAAGCGGCUGAAGACACCUGUGGAAACCUGGACACAGAGAUACAAUGUAAGCGACUGGUACUCUGGCCAGGACUGGGACAGUGAGGAGCAUGCUCUCGAAGUCAAAGUAUCCUCCAAAGCGGCGGAGAUCAUCGGCAGCAUCGAAAUAGAUGAGGAAUCACCACCGACAUCUAUUGCUAUAUCCCUUCCCCCAACCUACCCGUUGCAUCAAGCCACUGUUAGUGGACGCUCCCGUGUAGCCGUUGACGAGAAGAAAUGGAAGAGCUGGCUUUUAGUGAUCCAGGGGGUGAUCCUAUUUUCCAACGGAAAUCUCAUGGACGGACUGAUGGCAUUCAGACGGAAUGUACAGGGAGCUUUGAAGGGACAGGGCGAGUGUCCCAUCUGCUGCUCCAUCAUUUCCGCUAACAUGCAGACGCCGAACAAGAAAUGCGGAACUUGCAAGAAUACGUUCCAUUCAGACUGCUUGUUCAGCGUGGGCCUUGUCUUAAUCAGAGUGCAACAACAACUGCAACAACAACUGCAACAACAAACAGCCAACGUGGAUAUAUUCUCUCCAAUGGCGGCUGCUCACAUUCCCAAUCUCAAUACACUGCGACGGGGCGGUGGAAGAGGCCGCGGAAGAGGUAGGGCCGGUUAUCCUGGCACCGCAGGCCGCGGGGAGGGCAGCUCUGGGGACAAGGUGGUGCAGCAAACAGACAACGAUGCCAGCGUCUCGAGACUCAGCGCCGUCGAGCUGGGCUAUCUUCACGAUCCAUUUGCCUCUAUCUUUGCACCAGAGACAGCUGAGAUACGAAGGUAUCCCAUCAUUAACAGAGGAACAUUUGUGCGGACAACCUCGAUUGACACGCUGGUUUCCCGGUUCCUCUGGGCGGACAAAAAGAAGAAGCAGAUAAUUUCGCUUGGAGCUGGGUCGGAUACUCGAGUAUUCAGGUUGUUGUCAGAAAAUCCAGAGCUGGAUCUGACGUACCAUGAGCUCGACUUUGCAGAAAACACGACCUCGAAGAUCGCGAAGAUCCUCUCCUCUCCGCCGCUCCUGAACGCCCUCCGCAUCACAGACCGAGAGGAGGUGAAGACGUCUUCCAAUGGUGAUGCAUUCCACUCGAAACACUACCACAUUCACCCCAUAGAUCUACGAACGCUCACAGCGUCGUCCAACGGCCCGGACCGUCCACGGGUUCAAGAUAUAGAUUCAAGCGCCCCGACCUUGUUGAUCUCAGAGUGUUGUCUCGUAUAUCUGCCUCCUGCCGAUGCCGUGAAGGUUAUCUCAUAUUUUACGGAUAACGUGUUCUCUCCAACCACGCCCCUUGCACUGGUUAUAUAUGAACCCAUUAGACCGGAUGACCCAUUCGGAAGAACGAUGGUGAAUAAUCUGGCGGCUCGCGGGAUUCAGCUACAGACGCUUCAUCGUUAUGCAACACUACAAGCCCAGAGGGAGCGGUUGCAGAGUCACGGUUUCUCAGACGGUCAGGGCGUCGCCGAUAUUGAUUUCAUCUGGGAGAAGUGGAUCGGAGAGGACGAGAAGAGUCGAGUUGCAGGACUUGAAAUGCUGGACGAGGUCGAGGAGUGGCAGUUGCUCGCAAGGCAUUACUGUGUUGCUUGGGGAUGGCGAGAUGGCCCGCCAUCACCUGGAGACCAAGAAACGCUUCCGACUGGCGAGGCCUUCCACGGCUGGCGAGAGUUUCCAUCACAAUGA